UUUCCUGCUUACACUUUUCAAGGAAAAAGGAUUUUCACUCCCAUGAUUUUUUCCAUUCCCACAAAGAACCAACCCCUUUUCUUAAAACAAGGUUUCCUUUUACUUUCCCUUCCGUUUUCUCUCAGAUCACUCUUUCUAAAGCAAAACCCACAUUAGCUCUCACAUUUGGUGAUAACGGUGGUGAUGAAGCUCUGUCACUGUGAGUGGCUUGUUCUCUGUCAUCUGCUACUAGCUGCUGUUGUGGCCUCCAAGAACCAUGGAAAUCCUGCGGAUGAUCUUGUGGAAAUCAUCAACAAGAAUCGAACUGCACAGAAGCUUUCGACACUAAGUGACACCCCUGGUCUUGGGUGCAUGGCCUUGCAAUAUGUUGAAUUAUGCAAGAAGAACUGCACUAGCAACAACACUGUAGAGUGUAAACCUUCCGAAGACGACUUCACUGAAAUUUUUGCGCCUAAUUGCGGAGUAGAGCUACCUACUAUUGACACCAUAACUGGCCACAUUGUGGGAUGUCAAUCAAAGUAUCUUGAGCCAUCAUUAGCCUUUUCCCAAGUUCUUGUUAAGAACAAGAAAUCUUUAUCUCUUCUGAAAAAUAAAUCACAUACUGAAGUGGGAGUGGGCAUGGUUGGGGUCCAUAAAGGGCCUUUCCUUUGGUGUGUUUUAUUCAGCAGUGGGAAGAAAAAUUCUACAUUUGUUCUUGAAGAUCAUGGUAUAGGAAUCAAGCAAAAGAAUGGGUGCUAUAGUGGAAGCAGUAUACCAUGCAAUGGGGGACAGAAGAAGAGUGCUAUGUGGAUUAACAUCAUGUUCUUGGGAUUUCUAUUUGUUUUUCAUUUACAACUGCUGUAAUGAUAUUGGUGAGAGCGAGUGUGGAAAUCUUCAUGAGACAGUGCUCGAAAAUUUUGUUACAUAUUGAUUUCAUUUAUGUGAAGUAAUUGCAAAAAUUUCAUCAUCCAAGCAACAA